AAGACGGAGAAAUCUGGAGUCGCUACUGGCGCGUGCCAUCUUGACGGACGCCUUGACUGGAGUAUCGUAAACAGCUUUGGUUUUCGCUGCAUACUGUGUAACGGGGGAUCAUGUCUAAGCGCCGGAUUGAAGUUGUGGACCCUUACGUAAAACGAAGAGCAGAUGGCUCAACAACGUCAAAUAACAUCCCAACGACUACAGCAUCUACAGCGACCAAGAGUCAAGUACAAUUCAACCCAUAUAACAUGUUGCCCUAUACGCAAAAAUAUUAUGAUCUUUAUAAGAAGAGGAUAACUCUACCUGUCUUUGAGUACCGUGCUGAUUUUAUGAGAUUAUUGAACCAGCAUCAGUGUAUUGUUCUCGUUGGUGAGACAGGUUCUGGCAAAACUACACAGAUACCACAAUGGUGUGUAGAAUACUCAAGAGGUAUUGGAAACAAAGGAGUUGCAUGUACACAACCAAGGAGAGUCGCGGCAAUGAGUGUGGCACAAAGAGUUUCAGAGGAAAUGGAUGUUGCCUUAGGUCAAGAAGUAGGAUUUAGUAUUCGUUUUGAAGAUUGUAGCACUGCAAAAACUGUGUUGAAGUAUAUGACUGAUGGUAUGUUACUUCGUGAAGGCAUGUCUGACCCUAUGCUGGAUGCAUAUCAAGUGAUACUACUCGAUGAAGCUCAUGAAAGAACAUUAGCUACUGACUUACUCAUGGGUGUUUUAAAAGAAGUGAUUAAGCAGAGGCCAGAUCUGAAGCUUGUGAUCAUGAGUGCUACUUUGGAUGCUGGAAAAUUUCAACAAUACUUUGACAAUGCACCUCUUAUGAAUGUACCUGGUAGAACUCAUCCAGUUGAAAUAUUUUAUACACCAGAGCCGGAAAGGGAUUAUUUAGAAGCUGCGAUCAGAACGGUCAUUCAAAUUCAGAUGUGCGAAGAAAUUCCAGGGGACUUAUUAUUAUUUUUGACUGGUCAAGAAGAAAUUGAAGAAGCCUGCAAGAGGAUCAAAAGAGAAAUGGACAACUUGGGACCUGAAGUCGGCGAAUUGAAAUGCAUACCAUUAUACUCGACACUACCACCAAAUCUGCAACAAAGAAUAUUUGAACCUGCUCCAUUCACUAAACCAAACGGAGCUAUCGGUCGUAAAGUUGUGGUCUCGACCAACAUUGCAGAAACCUCAUUAACUAUCGAUGGUGUCGUUUUUGUAAUAGAUCCAGGUUUUGCCAAGCAAAAAGUGUAUAAUCCAAGAAUUCGUGUAGAAUCUCUUUUAGUGUCACCUAUUAGUAAGGCUUCGGCACAACAAAGAGCUGGCCGAGCUGGAAGAACGAGACCUGGAAAGUGUUUUAGAUUAUACACAGAGAAAGCAUACAAAAAUGAGAUGCAAGAUAACACAUAUCCUGAAAUUUUACGAUCCAACCUUGGCAGUGUUGUAUUACAAUUGAAAAAACUUGGUAUUGACGAUCUGGUACAUUUUGAUUUUAUGGAUCCACCAGCACCUGAAACUCUGAUGAGAGCUUUGGAGCUUUUGAAUUAUCUAGCGGCUCUCGAUGACGACGGCAACUUGACGGAUCUCGGAGCGGUUAUGGCAGAAUUUCCAUUAGAUCCUCAACUGGCUAAAAUGCUUAUAGCAUCUUGCAAUCACAAUUGCAGCAAUGAAAUACUUAGCAUCACUGCUAUGCUUUCAGUCCCACAGUGCUUUGUGAGACCAAACGAAUCAAAGAAGGCUGCGGAUGACGCAAAAAUGAAAUUUGCACAUAUUGAUGGUGAUCACCUCACGCUACUCAACGUGUACCAUUCCUUUAAACAACAUCUGGAUGAUGUUCAAUGGUGUUAUGAUAAUUAUGUAAAUUAUCGAUCGUUGAAAAGCGGAGACAAUGUAAGACAACAGUUGAGCAGAAUAAUGGACAGAUUUGUAUUAAAACGUACUUCAACUGACUUUAAUUCAAAAGAUUAUUAUAUUAACAUCAGGAAAGCUCUUGUUAAUGGUUUCUUCAUGCAGGUAGCACAUUUAGAAAGAACAGGUCAUUAUCUCACUAUUAAAGAUAAUCAAAUAGUACAACUUCAUCCCAGUAGUUGUUUGGAUCAUAAACCAGAAUGGGUUAUUUAUAAUGAAUUUGUGCUCACUACUAAAAAUUACAUCAGAACAGUCACCGACAUCAAACCUGAUUGGUUGCUCAUGAUAGCACCACAGUAUUACGAUCUACAGAACUUCCCUCAAUGCGAAGCAAAAAGACAACUGGAAGUAAUACAGGCGAAACUAGAUUCAAAGCAGUAUCAAGAAGGCUUCUAACCUCUAUAUAUCUUAGAUACAUCUUUGGAAAUCGUGAAUUAUCGAUGCUCAGUCAGUCCGCUUUUGUCAUAGCCAAUGGCACACGACUUUUUCACGUAUCAAAGCCACAUCACAUUGAAACAUUGUAAGACACAAUGCAAAGAGACACUUUCAAUCCUUUAAGACACUAAAGAGAGAAAGAAUAUUAAAAUGUUUAUAUUAAAACAUUUUAUUUUAUUUUUUGUACAAGCUUUAAUGCCAGCUUUUAUGCUGUAAAAAAAUUAAAUAUUUGAAUAUUUUCAACGCUUAAACCAAGAGAAAAUGGAGUACUGGGCGAUUUAUUAGCCCGAAAUACAGAAAAAUAUGCUUAAUCUUUCGAUGAAUGAUUAUUUAUGUACUAUUAAGAAGAGAUUUAGACAUUAAGUAAUUUUAUCAGUGGGAUUUCUUGAAAUCAAUGCGUACACACAUUCGGAAUAUCUCGCUAGUUAUAGAUUAAUUUUU